GUGAAAUCUUCAGUGUGAUCCGACGGAGCCGAAGUACAGAAACCAUACUUGCAGGUACAUGUGACAGCGCUGCAGCUAUGAGUGGAAUUUUAAGGGGGAAGUGUGAAGAAAUUGACAGCUCCUCACUCUGUUCCUCUGUGCAGGAGUCAGAUGAUGAAGUUUUUAGCUGUGACAGUGCUGACAGUGGGGACAGCGUCAAUUCAUCCACUUCUAAUCAUCUCACUGGAAAAAAUAAGGAGAUAUCAACAGACUGAAAAAAUGUUUCCAGGGGCAUAGAAUCUUCAGGAAGAUACUGGAGUUCAUGAGAUCUCAAGGUACAUGUGACAGCGCUGCAGCUAUGAGUGGAAUUUUAAAGAGGAAGUUUGAAGAAGUUGACGGCUCCUCGCCCUGCUCCUCCGUGCGGGAGUCAGAUGAUGAAGUUUCCAGCAGCGAAAGUGCUGACAGUGGGGACAGCGUCAAUCCGUCCACCUCUAACCAUUUCCCCCCUUCCUCCAUUCUCAAAAGGGAGAAGCGGCUGAGGACAAAGAAUGUGCAUUUCAGUUGUGUCACCGUGUACUACUUCGCCAGGAGGCAAGGCUUCACGAGCGUGCCCAGCCAAGGGGGCAGCACCCUGGGCAUGUCCAGCCGCCACAACAGCGUGCGCCAGUACACUCUUGGCGAAUUUGCCAGAGAACAGGAAAGGCUCCACCGGGAGAUGUUACGAGAACACCUCAGGGAGGAAAAACUGAACUCUUUAAAACUAAAGAUGACCAAGAAUGGCACAGUGGAAUCUGAAGAAGCUGGCACUCUUACAGUGGAUGACAUUUCUGAUGAUGAUAUUGAUUUAGACAACACAGAGGUAGAUGAGUACUUCUUCCUACAACCCCUGCCAACGAAAAAACGGAGGGCACUGCUGCGGGCCUCUGGAGUGAAAAAGAUUGAUGUGGAAGAAAAGCACGAGCUGCGAGCCAUCCGCCUAUCGCGAGAGGACUGCGGCUGUGACUGCCGCGUGUUCUGUGAUCCAGAAACAUGCACCUGCAGCCUAGCAGGCAUCAAGUGUCAGGUGGAUCGAAUGUCUUUCCCAUGUGGCUGCACUAAAGAAGGAUGUAGUAACACAGCAGGUAGAAUUGAAUUUAAUCCCAUCCGUGUCCGGACUCACUUUUUGCACACAAUAAUGAAACUUGAACUGGAGAAAAACCGAGAGCAGCAAAUCCCCACGCUGAACGGCUGCCAUGGUGAGAUAAGUGCUCACAGUAGUUCCAUGGGCCCCGUUGCUCACUCUGUAGAAUAUUCUAUCACAGACAAUUUUGAGAUUGAAACUGACCCCCAGGCUGCAGUGCUGCACCUGCAAUCUGCUGAGGAAUUAGAUUGCCAAGGAGAGGAGGAGGAGGAAGAGGAGGAGGAUGGGAGUAGCUUCUGCAGCGGAGUCACCGAUUCCAGCACACAGAGCUUGGCACCUAGUGAGUCAGAUGAGGAGGAAGAGGAGGAAGAGGAGGAAGAGGAAGAGGAGGAGGACGACGAUGAGAAAGGGGACAGUUUUGUGGAAGGCUUGGGCACCCAUGCCGAAGUUGUCCCUCUUCCUUCUGUCCUUUGUUAUUCUGAUGGCACCGCCGUUCACGAAAGCCACACAAAAAAUGCUUCUUUCUAUGCCAACUCUUCAACUCUGUAUUACCAAAUAGAUAGCCACAUUCCAGGAACUCCAAGCCAGAUCUCUGAGAAUUAUGCUGAAAGAGAGACUGUCAAAAAUGGUACCCUCUCGCUGGUGCCUUACACCAUGACCCCGGAGCAAUUUGUUGACUAUGCCAGACAAGCAGAGGAGGCCUAUGGCACCUCCCAUUACCCAGCUGCCAACCCCUCUGUCAUCGUUUGCUGCUCCUCUUCAGAAACUGACAGUGGUGUGCCCUGCAAUAGCUUGUAUCCCGAACACAGGUCCAAUCAUCCUCAAAUGGAAUUUCACUCAUACUUGAAAGGCCCCUCCCAGGAGGGGUUUGUCUCUACAUUGCAUGGUGACAGUCACAUUUCAGAGCAUUCUGCUGAAAAUUCUUUGAGCCUUGCAGAAAAGAGCAGAUUGCACGAAGAGUGCAUCAAAUCGCCCGUGGUCGAGACUGUCCCUGUCUAGUAGCUUAAGUUAUUCUAGGACCAACUCUUCUAUUUAAAGCACUGUAUUUAAUUGGAUUUCCUGGGCUCAUGGUUGUUUAAACUGAGGACCAAGAAAACUUGGACUGUGAUGAAUCUUCCAGACUGUAUUUUGUUUUCUCCUUUCUAGCUACAUGUCUGUGGCAUUGCACAAAUACAGUCUCUAUGAGGAUUUUAAAAGAUUUCAGACUGUUUUGAUAGAAAAUGCUAAUUUUAAAAAAGCAUAUCUCACAAUUGCCUACCUGUCAAACUGUGUGAAACCUGCCAAGUUGUGUAGAUCAGAACUCCAAGUUUUGGAUUAUCGGGCCUGUGCAAAAUUGUUAACUAAGACUGGGAAAUCAUAAGAUUUAGAGUCCUACUUUUCGAUAU